CGUCCAACCGGAAGUUGGUGUUCUUCUUCGUGGGAGGAGGCUGUUGCUUAGUGCCACGUUGAUGGAGACCAGUGGGGACGUGGAAAUCUGUCCUGAGAGUCCGCCGCCGGGAGCCGGUAGCCCGUUUCUCUGCCUGCCCGCCUGCACGCCGUCGUUCCUCGGAGCAGAACCGAAGCGGGAACCUCUUCGGACCGGAGGCUGCGUCUGUUCGUGUCUUGGUUUUAGUGUCGCGUUCAUGUGAGGAGCUGUCAAGAAGAGAAGGAUGAAACUUAAAGAGAUCAACCGCACAGCCAUCCAGAGCUGGAGUCCUGCUCAGCACCACCCUAUCUACCUGGCAACAGGAACAUCGGCCCAGCAACUGGAUGCCUCCUUCAGCACCAAUGCCUCCUUAGAGUUCUUCGAGUUGGACUUGGCCGAUCCGUCUCUGGACAUGAAGUCAUGCGGCAGCCUGUCCUCUCCUCACAGGUAUCAUAAACUGGUGUGGGGUCCCUACGGCAUGGACAGCCAGGGCUACCCGUCUGGCGUCCUGGUCGCCGGCGGGGAGAACGGUAACGUCAUCCUCUACGACUCUGCGAAGAUCAUGGCCGGAGAGAGCAACGUCAUCAUAGCUGAGAGCGACAGGCACACGGGGCCAGUGAGGGCCCUCGACGUCAACCAUUUCCAAGCAAACUUGGUUGCGUCUGGUGGGAAUGAAUCAGAAAUCUACAUCUGGGACAUGAAUAACUUUGACGCUCCCAUGACACCAGGACCCAAAGCACAGCCCCAGGAGGACAUCAGCUGCGUGGCGUGGAACAAACAGGUCCAGCACAUCCUGGCCUCGGCCAGCCCCAGCGGCAAAGCCUCGGUGUGGGACCUCCGGAAGAACGACCUGAUCAUCAAAGUCAGCGACCACAGCAACAGAAUGCACUGCUCUGGACUGGCCUGGAACCCUGAAGUGGCCACUCAGCUGGUCUUGGCCUCUGAAGACGACCGGCUGCCCGUCAUCCAGAUGUGGGACCUGCGUUUUGCUACCUCUCCUCUCAAGGUUUUAGAGCAUCACACACGAGGUGUCCUGGCCAUCGCCUGGAGCUUGGCUGACCCAGAGCUGCUUCUGAGCUGCGGGAAGGACAGCCGCAUCUUGUGCUGGAAUCCAAACACAGGCGAGGUGGUGUACGAGCUGCCCACCAGCAGCCAGUGGUGCUUCGACAUCCAGUGGUGCCCCAGGAACCCGGCCGUGCUGUCGGCGGCGGGCUUCGACGGACACAUCGACAUCUACUCCAUCAUGGGCGGCAGCAGCCAGGCGCAGAGCCAGAGACACGCCGACCAGAUCAGCCACUCCUUCGGGAACAUGGAUCCUUUCGGGACGGGGCAAACGCUGCCUCCGCUGCAGCUGCCGCAGAGCGCCGCCCCCCCGGCUACAGUCAACCCCCUCAAGAAGCCCCCCAAGUGGAUCCGCAGCCCAGUGGGAGCCUCCUUCGCCUUUGGAGGGAAGCUAGUGUCUCUGGAGAACGGCAAGGACGCGCAGCCUCAGCAGCACACGCCCCACGUCGUCCACAUCAGUCAGGUGGUGACGGAAACGGCCUUCCUGAAGCGCUCCGGUCAGCUGCAGGCCACGCUGAGCUCGGGCGGCUUCGUGGACUUCUGCCGGGAGAAGAUAGACGCGGCCGAGAACGAGUUUGAGAGAACGGUCUGGUCCUUCCUGAAGGUGAAUUUCGAAAGCGACGUCCGCAGCAGAUACCUGGAACUCCUGGGUUACAACAAGGAGGAGGUGGCCUUAAAGAUCUCAGCUGCUUUAGAGAAGGAACCUGCUGGCAUCCCUCAGCUGGACUCGGCUACUUCUGCCUCACUCCAGCCUCCGGCAGACCUCAGCCUGCCGCCACCUGCCGACACUCCAGAGGCGGCGUUCGACUUGAUCGCCGCCUCCAACCUUCAGCCUGCAGCCACGCUCCAGUUGAAUUCAACCCCUGAUCCAGACGCCGAGGACACGGCCGAAGCCCAAGAUGUUCCUAACAGCGAGCCGGACGCAAACAUGGACCAGGAGGAGGAGGAUGAUGAGAAGCCAGAAGAAGAAGAAGAGGAGGAGGAAGAGAUUCCUCUUAAUGAGGAGCUGCGCGCCCAGGUGGAAGUGGAGGAGAGCAGCCCCGUGGCGACGCCGGCGGAGAUCCCACCCCCGGUUCCAACGCCCGCAGGAGGAGUCAGCCUCAGCGUCAGUCAAGAUGUGGAUGGGCUGAUCACUCAGGCUCUGCUGACUGGAGACUUCGAGGGCGCCGUGGAGCUGUGUCUCCACGACAACCGAAUGGCGGACAGCAUCAUCCUGGCCAUCGCCGGAGGAGCCGAGCUGUUGGAGAAAACCCAGAGGAAGUAUUUCAGCAAAGCAAACGGCAAGCUCACCAAGCUGAUCAGCGCCGUGGUGAUGAAGGACUGGCGUGACAUCCUGCAGACGUGUGAUCUGCAGAACUGGAGGGAGGCCCUGGCUGCCGUCAUGACCUACGCUCAGCCCGAGGAGUUCUCUCCCCUCUGCGACCUCCUGGGCAGCCGACUGGAGGCAGCAGAGGACCCCCGGCUUCAGUCGCAGGCCUGUCUGUGUUACAUCUGCGCGGGUAACUUGGAGAAGCUGGUGUCGAGCUGGAGCAGAGCUCAGGACGGACACUGCCCUCUCUCCCUGCAGGACCUGGUGGAGAAGGUGGUGGUGCUGCGGCGUGCGGUGGAGCUGACCCAGCGCUCCGGCCCCGCCGCCAUCGGCAUCCUGCUGGCUGAGAAGAUGAGCCAGUACGCCGACCUGCUGGCCUCUCAGGGCAGUCUGUCCACGGCCAUCACAUACCUGCCCGACAACACCAACCAGGCCGCCGUGCAGCAGCUUCGUGACCGGCUCAUCCGGGCUCUGGGACAGCAAGCGGCUCCAGCACAGACCCACAGAGCUGCGGCUCAGCUGCCCAGAGGACCCACUCAGCCCACUCAGCCCGGCUCUGCUCCCCCCCAGCCUCCGUUCUCCCCGGUCCAGCCGGCCAUGGUUCCCCACCCUGCUGCAGGAGCCCCAGCCCCCGGACCUUCUUCACCCGCCUCCGCCCCGCCUCAGCCACAGUAUUACCAGCCGGUGAGGGCUGCCUCCACUGUCACCUCCUGGAGUAACCAAACUCCCACAGCCCUCCCAAAUGUCCCUCCUCCUCCUCCUCCUCAUGUAGGCAGCGCCCCAGACCAGCAGGUGGAGCCCAUGAACCCCAUGUACGGGCUGCCAGCCUCCAGCACACCAGCCGCCUCCUCGGCCGCCUCCACUCCUGCGUACAUGUACUCCCAUCAGUACCAGCCCUACCCCCAGGCCAACCAGUACCCGCCUGGAGCUGGGGGGGCUCCUGUCUAUCAGCCUCUACAGUACUCCUCUGCUGCUCCUCCUCAAAGUCCUCCUGCUGAGCCCUCCUCCCUUCCUCACCCCCCCGGCUUCCUCUCUCAGUACACUCAGCCCGUCCCAUCUCAGCCAGCGCCGCCGCCUCUCUAUCCGGGACAGCCUCCUGUCAGCCAGGGCAUGUCCUCCUCUCACCCUCCUUUCUCUCCCACCUCCUCUUCCUUCUCCGCUCCUCCGUCCUCCGGAGCGCCUUUCCAGCAUGGCGGGCCAGGAUCUCCUGUGUCGUACAUGCCUCCUCCUCUUCAUCCUCCGCCGAGCGGAGUCCCAGGACCUCAGAAUGGCUGGAACGACCCCCCAGCUCUGACCCGGGCACCAAAGAAGAAGCAGAUUCCAGAGAACUACACCCCACCCGCCCCGAUAACGGCGCCCAUCUUGACCCCGCUGGGUGCCGACACUCAGGCCCAGCCCAUGUCCUCUGGAGCCCCUCAGGCCAUGGUGCAGGGUCUCCACGGUGCCCAGGUGCAAUACUCAGGCAUGCAUCAGACACAGCUCCCCUCUCAGGCCAUGAACCCGCCGAUGCCCAACUCCAGCAUGGAGGGUGCGCCCGGAGCGCCGACAGGAGACGCCGUUCAGCCUCUGCAGUCGAUCCCUGCUGAGAAGAUCACGAAGAAGCCCAUCCCCGAUGAGCACUUGGUCCUGAAGACCACAUUCGAAGGGCUGAUCCAGAAGUGCUUGACCGUAGCCACCGACCCUCAAACCAAGAGGAAGCUCGACGAUGCCAACAAGCGCUUGGAGGCCCUCUACGACAAACUCCGAGAGCAGACGCUCUCUCCCGCCAUCAUUGGAGGCCUCCAUAACAUAGCGAGGACCAUCGAGUCUCGAUCCUACGCGGAGGGCCUCAACAUCCACACCCACAUCGUCAGCAACAGCAACUUCAGCGAGACGUCCGCGUUCAUGCCCGUGCUGAAGGUGGUGCUGACGCAAGCCAACAAGCUCGGCGUCUGAGGUCCGGGCCUCUCGUCCGGGCGGCCCGAGCCGGGAGUCCGUCGGCCGCUUGUUUCACAAGCGAUGCAAAUGACUCGAGCCUUCUCGACAGGAACGAUCAGCUUUUCUUGGUGCCAUUCGUGUUUUUACGACGCAACUCAAAACAAGCCAUGCGGCCAGUCACGCUCGGUGGUGAAAGUAAAUACUGAGUCAGUUAAAGGGCUAUUCAGAGAUACUGCGUCAACCUUUACAUAGGCUGGCAAGUCCUGCGUAAUGUUGAUAGCUGAGGAGGUUAAUUAAUAUGCAUAACUGUAUUUGAGGUAAAAUUAAAGGUGGGAAAAAUGUUAGCAGUGAUGACAAAGAAACAUAAGGGAUUUAACGGACAUGCCUAUGUUCCAAAUCAGUGUUAUAAUAUCAUAAUUUAAAGCUACUAUCAAUUAUGUCUUAGUAGCAGAUUUCUGCUGCAUGCUUUAAGCUCAAAAUUCAUGCGAUAAGGAAAGCUUUAGAUGUAGGAAACCUUUGCUUCUUAAUCUUUAUAAUCUCUAAUCUGUGCACUACAUCAGCGCUUCCAUACCUUACACCCCAUGGAUCCAUUGCUUUUUCUAAUUUAGGCGCCGGCUGCGUUGGCCUGCACACAAUUUGCAGUGACCCUGCAGACGAGCGUGUUGAUAAACUGUUCAAUCAAACCAAAAGUCCAAUAAAAACUGGGCGGUCUAUAAUCCAUGCCAGUUCUUCUUUUUUUAAAACGCAUGCUGGUGUCGUAACGUCACCUUCAGCUCACUUACUUUCACCACUGGUGUUGCUGCAGUCAACAUAUUGGACCAACGUGUCGGUGUGCAGCAGCGUAGCCCCUCCAAUGGGGGGAGGUCGAUGUUUUAUUGGAUUUUCCUCGUUUUGUUCUGUUUGACUUUAUUUUAUUAUUUUUUUUUUUUAGUAAUAAUCACCAGGCUCAGCAGAGUGCAAUGAACUUUACAGAAACAAGCUUUUAUUGUAUUUCAGCGUUUGCAUGCUCUCACACAUGCUCGACUGUCUUUAAGGAGGUAGAGGUAAUUAUGUGCUGAUUUAAUCGGACCUCGGAGGGGAACUGGAAGGAGGCUCGUACUUGAUAUUCAUUCCAGCGAUGAUGAGGGCUGCAGCCUGACCGGGCGACCUCACUUUCUGUUCUGCUCUAGAAGACAAGUUUUUUUUUUUUUGACUGACUACAGGCAAUAUUUUCAAUAAAUAGUAUUUAUUUACAAUAUA